GAAGUUAUUUUAUACUUAUUUCUUUUUGUAUUUUUUAUUUUUCUUUAAAUCCUCUUUAUUCUUUUUUUCCUUUAAUCCACUGUGCUCGUUCAUGCUUAUUUGUAAUACUUUAUUGUGCAUUUGUUUCUCGUUUUCUUCCUUUUGAUUUUUGUUUCCAUUUAUUUUGGCUUUUUCGUCCUUUUUUGCGUUUUUUAUUAAAUUUUGUAAAACAGUGUUUUACAAAGAAAAUGAUGUUUCGACAAAUUUUCCCUACUUCAUUAUUUCUUACGUUAUCAGCUUUGAAAUCAUGAGUUUCAUCUUUAAAUUGAUUAUAGCUAAACAGGACAUGAGUGAGAGAGAGAGAGACGCAGACGAAAUACUUACCUACAAAACGUAAACAAAUGUUGUCCACCUUCUACACCACCACAAAGAUCCACAUUAGAUUGUGUUAGUGUGAGCAUUUCAGUCCUCUCAUCUCUUGGCGGUGUUUAGAGCUACAAAAAGUAACGUCUAGUAACUCACCUCUGAGUUCUGGGGAAGUCACUCACUGUUCUCAGUGGAACACUCACCGCCUUCGCUUGGUGAGUCGAGUGGUCCACAUGAAUCACCAAACAGCUCAGUAGCUCGGUGACUGGCGCUCACAGUAGUUGAUAGCGAAGCGUUACCCGUCCGCCAGUGGUCGGUUUAAAUUCGAACGGCAACUAACUUUUCUCGUACUUCACUUGGCCAAAGCUGCUCCAGUAGUGGACGGCUAGGUGUUGAAAGCAGCAUACUAUCGGUGUCAUUGACGAAGCGAUCGUUGAGAAUCGUCACACAGGGAGCCCGUCAGCGUUGGAAAUCGGAUUACUGCUGUGACCUUAUUAACAGACGUGUUCUAAGUUCAUGGCGCUGUGUUCCAGGUGAUCGUGGGCGAUGUGUUUUGCAUUUUCUGUUUUUCCCCGUUGCAUUAAACACUGAGCUGGGCCGUUUCGCUAUGUGUCGUGGUACACUGACAGUGUCUGUUACGGUAAUUGACAAUUUGUGUUGCGGUCAGCAGUACCAAAUGUGAAUCGCAAAACGCAAAACCACACGCGGGAGUGCGAGCUUGUGAACAGAGCAACACUGUAGAUCGCACCUAUGGUGGAAAGGAUUUAGCUGGGCCGGUUUCGUGGGGUAAAAAUUUGUUUUUGCGUAAAAUAAAAGCCCAUAUCAACAACAUUGCCAAGCCAAGUGGUUUAACAGCAGGAAGUAUCGAUAACAGUUAUGGCUACAUUGCGCACGCAGCAUGGGAUAAACAUAUUGUUUCUUUUCAUCGUGCAUUUAAAUCAUGGCAUCACCAAACCGUUGCAAACCUUCUCGGAAGAACAGUUCCUGCAGGAGCUGAGUGACGAUCGUGGCAACUCACAGGGCACUCAUCAUCCUACGGUACGCAGCCGGCCACCGUACCUGGGCAACCUACAUCUGGGCUUUCACCAUCCCCACCAUCAUCAACCGUCGGAAGCGAGCGAGAACGAAAUUUACGACUCGGACGAAAGUAAUCUGCUCCGGACGCCGCUCGACCGUGGGCCACACUUUGAUUUGUCCGCCUCGAAGAACAUUACUGCGCUGGUCGGGAAGACGGCCUAUCUCAACUGCCGGGUGAAGAACAUCGGCAACAAAACGGUGUCCUGGGUGCGGCACCGUGACAUCCAUCUGUUAACCGUAGGUAGAUUCACCUAUACAUCCGACCAGCGUUUCCAAGCUGUACAUAAUCCCCAGACCGACGAUUGGUCACUACAAAUUAGAUACCCACAGAAGCGAGACACGGGCGUGUACGAGUGCCAGAUCUCGACUACACCACCGGUCGGACAUUCGAUGUUCCUCUCGGUCGUAGAACCCAUCACCACGAUUGUUGGUGUACCGGAUCUGUACAUCAACACUGGCUCAACUGUAAAUUUAACCUGUAUAGUGCGAAACUCACCCGAACCUCCUUCAACUAUUAUUUGGACUCACAACAAUCAGGAAAUCAACUACGAUUCACCGCGGGGCGGUGUGUCGGUCAUCACGGAGAAGGGUGAAACGACAACCUCCUACCUGCUAAUACAGCGGGCCCGAACGACGGACACCGGCAAGUACGUCUGCUCACCGUCGAAUGCCGAUCCUUCCACGAUCAACGUACACAUCCUUAAUGGGGAACAUCCGGCGGCGAUGCAACAUGCCGGACAGCUUCGGAUAGGAGAUCCACUGUACGUGUUCGUCCUCUGGCUGAUUAGCUAUCUGUUCGGACGGCGAUGAAAGUCGGCAGUUCCGGGCAAGUAGUGCAAACCACGGAUGGUGCAAGGGCACACAGCUACACCCUCAGUUUGGCCGCCAAUUGUAUCCUUCAGAUACACACAAACAGUCGCAGACCCGGGGUGCACGUUGCACAUCAAAGUGUGGCACACAAAUUAGAGCUAAUUAGAUUAAAUGUGCCAGUUGACCAAUGGUUCGGUGGGCAGACGAACUGGAAGUGGCAGCAAGUGAAGCAGAGGGUACUGUGACACUGGGUGUGUGUAGGAUAAAUUAAUUUGCGGUAUUCAAAUGCGGCCAAACGAUUGCGGGGAAAAUAUUGUUCACGUCCAGGCACACACUCACGCGCCGACCCGUGUGUCACACCGAUUGGCGCUAAAUGACGAAAUGAGCAGUUACUAAUCAUGCCAAUAAUGGUCGAUUUGAUGAAACGGCGUACGUCGAGGGCUGGCAGCAUAAUUAGUCCGCAAGAGCGUUUACUGCCCUGUUUUUUGCCGUUGUUGUUGAGUGACAUUUCAUGAGGUUGGCAUAUUUGCAUACCUUUCUCGUUUGGUUUGAUUGCUUUCGAUUUUUAUUUCGUCUGAGGGUAAAAAAGAGGUGGUGAAGAAUUGAUAAGCACACAGAUUGAAAUGUAUUUAUUGAAUCGGUUUUUGUUUCGUUACGUUUGUGGUUUAUUGCAAUCCAUUAAAUCGGGUUGGAUAAAAAUAGAAAAUAAUAUGUUGUGGAAUUUAUAAACAAAACGAUUUGCUGAAAGCUACAAACAUUCUCACCCGAUGUAUGACAACCCGAUGUUUUUAUUUCAUGUUAAAAAGUCAUUCGUUUUUUGUGUGAUGGAAUUUUCUAUUUGCACUGUAAAAGUUUCUUUGUUUUAUAAAUGGCAAAACAUUGACCGGGAAUUUUAAUAACCGCCGUUUGGGAGUGCCCGGAGAUGAACGAGUGAGCGAUAAAUGACCGCAACAGAUGAUACACAUAGCUCGCUGGAAAGGUUUUACGUUUUUGAUAACUCAAGCAUCUAAUGUCCAACAUCCUCGGCCUGCCAUGCGGUCGCGAGGUAAUGGUGGUCAAAAGGGUUGUUUUAGGUAAAUGAAUAAUAAAAGCGAAACACUAAUGUAUAAAAAGAUUCAAUUUUAUAACGUU